GAGUGAUAUAAAGGCAACAACUGCACGACACAAUUAGAGCGAAAGCAGAGAGGAACAAGCAGAUGAGAAAGUGGUAGAAGACGUCGACAGAAUGACGACCAAAAGAAGCCACAACUAUCCAAAGAUGAUAACAAAUGUACGAUUUGUUACUGUUAUUUAUGUUAUAGACAAUUUUUGGCUAUUUUUUAUUUGUUACUCAUUAGGUAUGCCACUGCAUUUUAUUUUCACCCAGAUUUUGUAUUUUUUUUUAUUUACCACGUUAAGUUUAGUACUAUUUUAUUUAAAACUGAAGUCAAAUUUAGUGUUGCAAGUCCAUUUGCAAGUCCUAUCGUUGCGCUUGUUAACUGAAUUUUUCCCCAUUUUUUAUGGUGGUUCACUGUAAAUUGAGCGGAGCAUGCAUGAUGGAUCAUCAACAGAAAUGAAGAACAGAGACCGACAAAACAGAAGCAACGACGAUUUAAAGAUACAGUGAAUGAUGUAAGUUUUGCUGGUGCAAUGUUUAUGCAAUAGCUUAAAUAUUUUUACAUAAAACUUUGACCACAAAUGUUCCGAACUUCGUUCGUUGCGAAGUUAGCAAGUUCGCUGCGAAGUUCAAAAGUUCAUAAUGAGAUUCACAAACCAGUUUGUAAACUACGCAUUUAAUUGGCUUCUUCUAAAUCAGGUACCAAUCAGGUACAAAAUGUUUACAAAUUGGCUUGUGAAUUCCAAUAUGCACUUCAGAACUGAAAAAUUCGGAAUUAAAAAAUUAUUGUUACAGCUUUGUUACACCUGCGCCUCCCAGUAUCCGCCACUGUUACUCAGUUCGUCCUUUAUUUCUGUGUGAAUGCUACACCCUGCUGUUUAUGUACUUUUGAAAUUUUAGCAUUUCUAUCUUUAAAAGUAUAUUAAGUAAAUGUUUUUAUGACAUAUGUAGUGACUGAAUAUUCAAUUUAUUUUGUUACUUUGAAAUAUCCUUUCAUUUCAGAUGAAGACCUACAACCAACAGAUCCUACAACACCGCCAUGCAAGAUGAGAGUAACACAACUUUUAUCAAGGUAAGAGAAAAUCAAAAAUGAGUCCAGGAAUUUUUAAUCGUUUCUCAUUAAUUAAAAAACGAAAAAAAACUAUUUCAAAAUUUUUUGAUAAAAUAACAUUUUCAAAAAAAUGUUUAUCUAUCCUUCAGGGAAAAGAAAUUUUACAUCAAACCACAUCCUACGAGCUUGUACGGAGAGAAGACAAAAGCGAAGUGAAAAUAGCUAGAUCAACCAACCAACCAUGGACCCAUCAACAGAACGUCGACAUGCCUGAUCAACAAAACAAUUACGAAAAUGCAAAAGUGAUUUGUAUAGAUGUAAGUGAUGUUAUAAAACUUCUGAAAUACAUGAAUGCAGGAAUUUCUCGCUUUUUCAAUCCUAAUAAUAUAACUAUAGUCUUUUGUAGGAUUGCAUUGAAACACAUACACUCGUGAGUUUUUCAAAAACUUCAAAUUGCACUCGUACUUCAGACUUGUGCAAUUUUUGAUCGUCUUUGAAUAACUCACUCGUGCAUUUUUUUUUUCAAAUUGUACUCGAAACCGUACAAAUACCUAUACCAACAACUAUAAUUCCAAAACGUUGUUUCGAUAUAUCAUGUUGUUUCAACAGGUAGGAGUUUUGUCCGCGCUGGUCAAUAAGUUUUGGCGCAUUCGAAAAGUUCUUUUAAACGUUUUUGAGUUCUUUUCUGGCCGUUUCUGGUGAACAGCAGAUUCGCAAAAAUGUAAUCUUGUUUCGUUCACUUGUCGAAGUAUUUUUGAUAGGAAAAUUCGCGAUUUUCCGUUGGAAACGCUUCCCUCCUUCCCAACGAACAUUAAAUAAUAAUAUUUUUUCAGUAGAAAAACUAGGCCAAAAAAACAAAUAAAAUGCUCAAAAAUCAAAUGUAAUAUUUACCCGUCCCGAGUCUCUUAUCUGUUCACCGCGUUAAUUUUGGACCCGUUGGAUAUUACCCUCCAACAUGGUGUGGUUGCCGUAAACGUCGCAUGAAAACACCUGUGAUCAGCCUGGACCUUGACCUUCUAUUUUUAAUUUCGGCGCUUUGGGGGCGAGGCGGAGGAUUGGCAGAAGCAUGUGACGUCACACUUACCAAAUGCUAGCCCAAGAUUGACCAAAACUUGCCGAGUAAAGGGCCUAAGUCUAGGCUACCAUCGACAUUAUUAAUUAUAUACAUCAAUAAUAUUAAAUGAUCAUUUGAAACUUGAAAUACUACGCAAUUCAAAAUUGUUAUUAGAUAGCUUAAGACAUACGACGUCGACGUCAGCUAGGACGUCAGGGCUAAGCAGAGGACUGGGACUACAUUAGAACGACAUCCUAGUCCCACUCCUCUGCAUAGCCCUGACGUCUUAGCUGACGUCGACGUCGUAGAUCUUAAGCUAUCUAUUAUGGGAUAAUAAAUGCCGUUGAAUUGGCGCCGAAGCCUAAAAUAUCGACGGCAAUUUUUUGUCUACGAUAAUUUGGUAAAAUUGUGAGGACUGGAUAUCUGAUAGAAAAUCCUAACAAUUUACAUCGACAUCAAGUCUCUUUUCUACCAAAUAUCACUCAAGUCUUUAACAUGAUUCGAUCCUAUUUCAUGGACUCAUGGAUACUUUUUUAAUUUCAAAAGGUGAAGUGAUGAAAUGUUUAUGUGAAUCGUGAUGAAAUGUUUAUGUGAUGAAAAGAGAUGAUGAAAAGACCAAAAAGAACCACUCACGAAUGGCAUGGAGCCGAGAAAAGAAUGACGAUUCACAACAAUCAGAAACCACAACAUUGCUAAUAUGAAAGUAGCGAAAAUUUUUACCAAUGUAAGUUAGUUAAAGACAAAAUACUUAUUUAAAAAUCAAAGGGG